AUGGAUCCACUGAACAUAACUGUGAAGGUUUCAAAUCUUAUUGAUUUAGACGGAACAGUUGUUCGCGGCUUGUGGUUCAAGCAUGAUUUCUUCACAGACUUAUGUCCAUCAUUUAAUGCUUUAAGAGAAAUGGAAUUCGUUGAUCUUAAGACAUCAUUAAUGUUUGAAUUCCAAACUAGACAAUCAAUGAUUAAUGUUCAUUUAAAUGAAAUGCGAGAAGUUCGUGAAACUUAUGAAAUGAAAAUGGAGGAAAUUCGCAAAGAAGAAGAAAGUCAAAAAAAGUCGAAAAAAGUCCAAGAAAAUGUUAAAGUUGGAAAAGCAAAGAAAAUUGAAGUUGAACCGCCAAUUGUGGAUGAAUCAACGUAUGUUGAUGUUGAAGCUGAGUAUGUCAAUUAUGAAGAUCAACAAAUGGAAAAACAAAUGAAUUGCUUAUCACCAAGGAAUUUUAAUCUAAAAGAACACGAGAUGAACAUGAGGGAAUAUCAAAUUGUUAAAGGAGUUUUCAAGAUUGAAUGUUUUGAUCGACCAUGUCAAUGGACUGACGUUAAUCAGCAAAUGUUUACAAGAGUCAAUGAUGAUUACAAUCUUCUUCAAUAUCAAACAUUUGAACACGAAUAUAGCGAACCAGAAAUAAAACCACAAAGAAAAUCGAUUAUUGAUAAAAACCCUGUCGAUCCUCGUGCUGUUGCACUUGCUGAUCUUAUAAGAGUUGAAAUUAAACUCGAUGAAAAUAUAUUUUGGCCCGAAGUUCCGGUUGUUUGUCGUUGGGAGUUGUGGGAAGAAAGUGAAGAGUUUGAAGCUUUAGACACAGAAACGAAAGACUUUAAUCUGAAUUAUGAUAAAAUUAUGAUGGAAGAAAGUGAAAAGCUUUUCUCGGCUUCCGAACAAAAACAUUGUCUGAGAAUGAAACUUUCAGAUUUUGAUCUGAAAACGGCACCAGAAAACAUCAAAUUAUCGAAUUUAAUUAAACAUUAUAUCGUUCCAAUGAUGCCAUAUGAGUUUCAUUAUUUCAAUGAACAGUUGGAAAUAUUUGAAAAGAAGCAACGAGAAUGGAAACAAAUUUUGCAAGCGAAAAAGAAAAUUUCGGAAAAUGAUGUGGAAAAUCUGAAUUUGAAGGAAAUUUUUACUGAAAAUCUAUCAAAAAUUGACAUUCGAAACAUUACUGUCGAUGAGUUCAAUAAACUUUUCGAUGCGAAGAAUUAUCAACCUCGUGAAUUAUUUCCGAUUAAUUAUCCAGAAUUAAUUGAAAUCAUUCCAAAUUCUGAAUUGGAAAAUCUUUCAGAAGUGAAAGAAAAAGAAAGUUUGGAAGAACUGAUAAGAAAGCAAAAGGAAAGAGAUGACGAUGAUGUCGAUAUUGGACUUCAACGACCACUAAAAGAUGAACCUUUGUUAGUGACGGAACUUCACGAACAAGUCAAUAAAUUGAAAGAAAGUUUGCGUCCAAUUUUCCGGGAAAUUAAAAGAGAAGAAGAUUCAGUCUCGUUCCGUGUGUCAGAUAAAUCUAAACGCCCGCGUUACAGAUCAAAUCGAGCUUCAAUGCUUCGUCGAUCAAUUGCACGAGAUUCUAAGCGACAACAAUCUGAAAGUCCCAAAAGAAGAUCGCAAAGAAGAAGUUCGAGACAAAGACAGUCGAGUAAGGUUCGAACCCGAACAUCAAAACGUGAUGAGGUGGAAUUACCGGAAGAUAAACCUGAAAGAAGUUCUUCAUCUAAAAACCAACAAGAAUCAUCAAAGAAAGUUUUAGUUCCACAUAAUGUUGGUAAAUGGAGCACCAAAUACAUCUACGAGUCAUCUUUCGACCAUGAAUUAAAAUCUGUAGCGUUUUAUUCUGGUCGAUUGGGAAAUUUUGGCUUGGCAACAAGAAAAUAUUGUCAUUUUCCUUUGAAGAAUUGGGAACUUUAUCCAGAAGACGAUCACAUUGUUAUGAAAGUUGAGUCAAGACAUGCAAGCAUUGAAUUUAAGAUCACAAGCGAUGGCUACACUUUCGAUUUUCAUCCUGAUCUGCUUGACUUCCUAAAAGACGAAGGCAAUGAAACAAUAAACAGCGAAGACAACUUUGAAAAGUCGAAAACCAUUUGGUUCAUUCAAGCUCUUCUCAUGAACAUUUGUCCAUUGAGUUUCUCGAAUUGA